AUGGGCGUCAUCAAGAGCGGCAAGGUCGUCAUCGUGCUCCAGGGCCGCUUCGCGGGCCACAAGGCCAUCGUCGUCAAGGCCUACGACGAGGGCACGCCCGACAAGAAGUUUGCGCACGCGGUCGUCGCGGGCAUCGACCGCUACCCGCGCAAGGUCACGCGGUCCAUGUCCAAGGACAAGAUCGUCAAGCGCACGAAGAUGAAGCCCUUCCUCAAGGCCAUCAACUACACCCACCUCAUGCCCACGCGCUACGUCGUCGACCUCGACCUCAAGAAGAUCGUCGAGGAGAACGGCCUCAAGGAGGGCCGAUCCGAGGCGCGCAAGGCGAUCAAGAAGGUCUUCGAGGAGCGGUACCACAAC